AUGUCGUGCCCCAAUUGUUUUAGUGGGAAUAUCCAUCAAGGCACUCCCCGUGGUGAAGUCACCUCUCUCCAUGGCUUACAAGCCUACACGACCAAACCUCUGAAUGAGGACAUGCGGCCCCGGUCAGUAUGCUGUCUGCAACAAAAGAGUUGUUCAAUACCAGCGGACUCACAACUUGGCUUAUCAAGCCCCUCAAUGCUGACAGGAAUGGUGCCCUUUAUGUACUACAAUACGUUCGGCGUGACAUGGCCUAUCAUCAGGGACUUCUUCAAGUCCGUACGCGAGAACGAAGGUGCUGAGGUUCCUAUCUACGGAGCUGGUUUCUGCUGGGGUGGAAAGUAUAUCGUCAAUCUAGCUGCCGGAGCAGACACGGCUUCAAAUGGAAAACCACUGCUUAAUGCUGGAUUUACGGGCCACCCGAGCUUUCUCGAGAUUCCUAGCGAGAUCGAGAAAAUCAGAAUCCCUGUAAGCUUUGCGCUUGCAGAAAAAGAUAUGGUCGUGAAACCUCCGCACAUUGAGCAGAUCAAACAAGUCUUCCUCAGCGAGUCCGGUACUGGAAAGGGAGAAGUGGUGGUUUAUGAGGGCGCUGGCCAUGGCUUCUGUGUCAGGGCUGAUUUCCUUCAGGAAGAUGCCAGUAGACAGGCCGAUGAAGCGGAGAAUCAAGCACUGGCCUGGUUUGAAAGAUAUUAA